AGCAUGAAGAUGCCUCAUUCUUCUUUUCUCACCUUUAUGUUGCUCUUAAUGCAACUAUCAGUUGCAUCAGGGGGCAAAAUUCUGGUGUUCCCAUUGGACGGAAGCCACUGGGUAAACAUGAAAGUGAUCGUAGAGGAACUGCAUGCCAGGGGCCACGAGAUCACAGUGCUUCGGCCCUCUGAUAGCUGGUACAUCAAGGAAAAGUCACCCCUCUACACCUCUGUCACUCUUACCUGCCGUGGAGGAUUUGAGGAAAACUUUGACGUGUACUUAUCUCGACAGCUGGAGAUUCGGCUUCAGAUAAAACCCGGAUCGUUUUGGUCCAACAUCUGGGCUCACAUGCAAAUGGAGGUGGUGCUACUAGACCAGUUCUCCCAGUUUCAUAAGAAAGUAGGGGAUGUAAUUACACACAUGUUUGAGAAUGAGGAUCUGAUGCAGUCAUUGGAAGCUGCCAAAUAUGAUUUGGUCCUGACAGACCCUGGCAUCGGUGGAGGUGCAAUGUUGGCGCGCAAACUCCAACUUCCUCUGGUGUUUAAUGUCCGUUGGACCAUCCAGGGUGAAGCCCACUUCCUCAUUGCUCCUUCACCUCUCUCAUACAUUCCCUUUACUGCAACCGAGCUCACAGAUAAAAUGACUUUCCCUCAGAGAUUAAAGAAUGUCUUGAGUUACUUUGUAGGGAUGUUCACUUUAUCGUACAUCUCAGAACCUGCCUACAAACCAAUAGUCAAACGCUUCUUUGGCCCUGAUGUGGACUACUCAACCUUUUUUCUCGAUGCUGAUAUCUGGCUCAUGAGAAACGACUUUGUGUUUGAAUUCCCGCGUCCAACAGUCCCCAAUGUCGUCUACAUGGGAGGGUUUCAGUGUAAGCCUUCUAAGUCCCUCCCUGCUGAUCUGGAGGAGUUUGUCCAAAGCUCUGGAGAUCACGGGAUUGUUGUAAUGACUCUAGGAACUCUGGUGAGCAACCUGCCGCAGGAUGUCUCUGAGGAGAUUGCUGCAGCAUUUGCCCAGCUGCCUCAGAAGGUUAUUUGGAGAUAUGUAGGACAAAAACCAAACAACCUGGGCAACAACACAUUGCUAGUGAAGUGGCUGCCUCAAAACAACCUCUUAGGUCAUCCUAAAACUCGAGUAUUCAUCACCCAUGGAGGCACCAACGGCGUCCAGGAGGCAAUUUACCACGGCGUUCCGGUGAUUGGACUUCCUUUAUUCUUCGAUCAGCCUGAUAAUCUAUCCAGGGUCAAGGCGAAGGGAGCAGCUGUCAUCGUAGACAUUGCCAUGCUCGACAGGCAUAUCUUCAAAGACGCUCUGAUGACAGUAAUUUACAACUCCACCUUUGGAGAUAACAUGCGGACUCUCUCAAAGCUGCACAGAGAUCAGCCGGUGAAACCCCUGGAUCAGGCUGUGUUUUGGAUCGAGUAUGUCAUAAGACACAAAGGAGCCCGUCAUCUGCAGACACGCGCCCAUAAAAUGUCCUGGUUUGUCUACAACUCUGUUGAUGUCUUUACUGCUUUGUUAGCAGCUGUUCUGCUUGUAACGAUCAUCUUGAUUGCAGUUGUUAGGUUUUUGUGGAGGAAGAUUUUCACUGGGAGAAAAAUGAAACAACAGUAAUGUAAAAAUAAAAACAAUUCUCAAGUGGCAUUUUUAUUUAUUUGUGAUUUUUUUUUGGUUUUUAUUGCAUUAAAACCCUGUUACAGUAUAUUGUAUACACCCCGUACCUACCAGGACAUAGUAAUCCAGCUUUCAUUAAACCCCCUUCAUAAACAGGUUAACUGAAUUGUAAAUAUAUAUAUUUUUGUAUCUUGCCUUAAAUUAACUGAAUGCCUGAAUUUUCCAUCUUCAUGUGGCAGAAAGACUGCAUUUACUCAGGAGAUACAGCUAGUUUCUAUGAGACUGAUUAUUGUAAUAUUUUUUUAAAGGUGGGAAUAUUGUGACAUUUCCAUUAUGAAAACCUGCACUUUCACACUCUUUUUGCCUUCUAGCACACAUACUGACGAAGAAGGCAACAUGAAGUGGUUGAAGGAAUGAUGGCGCAACAUGUUUUCUAAUGACUUUUCAAGGGAACAAAAUUAUUCACAUGAUUUUAAUAGCUUUUCUUAUUUAAUUGAAACUGUGAAAUUGUGUUUUCUUCAACAUUAGCAGAAUAUCUGCAAAGUUUUGUGCACAUUUAUAACAGAAACGCAGCUAAACACUUUGAUCACGAAAACCUGUACUCUCUCGUACUCUUUUCUCGCUCUUUUGUCCUCUGGCACAUAUACUAACCAGGCAAUAAUAUUGUUACAUUUUAAUGAUUUUAAUAUAUGGUGUUACAUUUCUAGACACCAUUAUCCAUAAUGC